AUGUGGAUUCAAGUUAGGUCCAUUAAUGGAACCAAAACAGUUCGUGUUGAUGAUCUUAGUAAGCUCACAAAGAUCGAAGAUCUGCGUAAGCGGUUGAUUGAACCAUUUGAAGCUGAACCUGACAGACAACGGCUUUUUUUUCGCGGAAAACAGGUAUGAAAGUGAAUCGCAUGCAUGGUGAAUGAUACCUAUAAUUAGUAAUGAUGGUAUCGCCAUUGCCGUUGGUAACUCAGAACAUCCAUCACUGUGGUUUGACAGCCCAGGCCAUGUAGUCAUGUUUUGUAGGACUUUGGCCAGCCUCACCACUUCCUUCCUCUCAGGCCUGAUGCUUUUCUUUUCUCUGAUCCCUGUUUUGAUUCCCAGCUGUUGUAGAUCUUUUUCCACAUCAUCCAUCCUUCUAAGCCUAGGUCUGCCUGAUCCCUGUUUUGAUUCCCAGCUGUUGUAGAUCUUUUUCUACAUCAUCAUCCAUCCUUCUAAGCCUAGGUCUGCCUUUGAGCUGUUUUCCUCUGGUUUUUGUGGUGCACUCUCUUACUCCUUUGUCAUUAGGCAUUCUUUCUAAGUGUUCCGCAGUAUACUUUUCAUUAGAAAGUGCCAGAAGACCUUGAUAAAUGGUGACAUAAUUGUUUUCUGAAUAAAUGGAGUUGUCUUGCAGAUUAAUUUCCUGUUAUUGUAAUAAAAUAAACAAUACUAGUAUUAUACUAAUACCAUGGCCAGCAGACCCCAAGCAUAGAACUCAUAGGUUCAUAUUGCAAAUCAUUUUUUGCCAGGAAUCAUUGGCAAAUUUACAACACAACGCUGAAGGCAUUGUAUGACCAUACUUUGGUUAGAGUGGCUUACUGAACACCAUUUCAUAACCAAUGUUUCUCUAAGGUUUGCUGGUUCGUGUGCAAAAUCAUACAGUUGUGUGCAAAAUCAUACAGUUGUGUGCAAAAUCAUACAGUUGUGUGCAAAGUUUUACAGCAUCAAUUUUUUGUGUGCAAAAUGUUUCAGCCCAAAAACACACACGGAUAUUACAUAAAUGAACUUAAGUUUUGAAACAUUUACAUAAAUAAAUAAAAGGAACUAUAAUUAAAUAAUUUUAAUCAGAAAUGUUUACAAAACAGUUCAAUCAAAGCUAUAUUUAUUUCUAUUAUUUAUCCCGUCAUUGGGUCAAGGAACUAAAUUCCUACACACCCACUACCAAAGGCAAAGGCCGCUAGUCAUUUGAUUGACUCAUUUUUGGAGGGUCUCUGGCGUCUUCUUUCAACGAUAUCCAUCUGUUAUACACAUUUUCAAGAUUGAUCUGAUGUCCAUCAUUCUGAUACGAUUUAAUCCUCAUAAGCAUGUCUAAAUGUAACUCUUCCAGCCUGUUUCUAAAUUUUAUUUGUAAAUUAUUCAUUGGACUAAAUGCAUGUUCACAAUCUGCGCUUGAUGUAAGAAAUGUAGGACACAUAUUCAACAGUAUGGCAAUUUCACCGAAUUGCUCCUCAUUUCUUACAAAUCGAACCAUCUCGCUAAAAUUUUUCAUCAAGCCACAUUUCAUUUUUUCUGCAAGCACAAACCUUAAGUUACGAUACUGAUCCUUAACUUUCGGCACAAUGUCAUUGUCGUUUUCAUUGAAUGCAGCAUAUCUAGAAACCAGUGCUGCAAGUUCUUCUUGGCAAGUAUUAAAAUCUGAAGUGUCGCUUAAGGGUGAUAUCUCAAAGAUUUGACAUUGUGUCAACUCACUUUCAGCGAAUGAGAGUCCAGGUGCAAACAUAAACAUUCAACGAAUUUAAGGAUGGAACUCAUGUUUAUAUCCUCGUCAUUUGCAAGCAAUGCAGCAACCUUUUCAGACUAGGGCACAUUUUCACCAAGGUAUGGGCACGAAGCUUAGCGAUCCUUGCUUUUACCAACUGGUAUGCCUCCCGCCUCAAUGGUCGUAAGAUUUGUUCUUUGUAGCAGCUUGCAUAAUUCAGCAAGUUCACCAACAACUUCAUCAAAGACAAUUAGCACAGUGUGAAACUGCGGAUCCUUUAGUUUCUUCAAACAGUAUCUAUGAAUUGGAUCAUUAUAAAGACUCCCCUGCUCCUCACAGUAUUCAGUCAACACUUGUAUGUUUCUCAGCAAUGCUCGUAAGGCAAGGUGCCACGAAAGCCAUCUGAUUUCAUUCAAUGGGCUAAAGACUACAAAAUCCCCUUCUAACACCUUGGCUAGUUCGGUGAACUGGGCUUUCUGUACUGUCGACCUACUGAACAAUGUGUACAUGGUCCUAAGCAAUGUUUUAAUGUCUGCCAUUAAACGUAUAUGUUUGCAAGCAAUGUUGUUCCGGUGAAGUACGUCGGUGAAAAAUUGCUGCACCUCCAAUACUCUUGCAUAGCAUAAUCGAUUCACCAUCAGAGCUAAGCAUAACCAUUUUCUGCAUGUCCAAUGAAAUCUCUUGAUAAAACUCUGUUAUUGCUCAGAUUUACUGUCACAUGCCGACAGAGACAAAAUUCCAAUAAACACUGUCUUGUAAACAUUACCGGGAUAUGGCCGAAACUUUAUGUAUAAGAUCAACAUUUUUGUCAAUGACAUUUCAGUGAUCUCAUCUACUGUUAAUGUGUGGAACUUUGCAUUGCGAAAGCGUGAUUCUUACUGUGCCAGCUAUCAGGAACUGGGGCAUACUUAGCCAUAUGGUUGUGUAUGUAUUUAACCGCAUUCAUAGCUGUGUUCAUGUCGAUAGCCAAGAGGACGUUGUCAAUCAAAAUUUUAACCUGGUCUUCUUUAGCACUUUUACGUUGUGCGGCUUCUUGUCUCAUGCCUCGAUCAGCGACACUGUAUAAUUCCAGCUGCAGCGUAUUGUUCAAAUUUAUUUUUAUAAAAAUUUGCUGCGCUGAUACUCAAAACUGCUGCGCGGCAUCUGUGAGAUAGGGAACAUUGUUCAUAACUAUCAAUGUCCCAUGUCUUUAGUCUGACAUGCUGAGUCACCUGACGGUCACCCAUGGAAAUGCAGUCAGUGCAAUGUGACAUGUAGUAUACUUACCAGGACAUUUUUUUUUAAACUGUGGGCUAGCACACAGACAAUCAUGAUGAUUUUAUAUUGGAUUCACAUAGUGAAAUAAAAGCAUGUCACGCUUUUUGAAGCAUGGAAAGUUGGGACACCAUUGUAAACUACAACUUUUUCCGAAUUGAGUGUCACAAUAAUUGUUCAACAAGGUUGUACAUGCCAUGGCAUGUUUCCAAGCUACUUGUGUACUUUCCAGUGGCACUUUAACUUUAGCCACAAUAAACACGAUUUUUGACAGUACUUGAAGUUGUUGAGUGACAAAAAUCACAUUUGACAAUGAAAUUGGUAAAAUAUUGUUGCCAAAGUAACUUCUCAUUUGAUGUGUUUUAUUAUUGUAUUGAAUUUGAGACUGGUGUUCAGAGGAUUGCCUUGGUACUACCCCCUUUAAACUUAUGAUUCUCUACUUGCCACCAACCUCACCACUUCCAUGAAACUUCUGAGGGUCUUCUUGUACUAGACCAAACAGUUAGACCUUAUUCACUUAUAGUUAUGCUUACUAUAGUCCUGGAAUAACAUCUUGUCCACCCAAUUUCUGAUUAUAUCCUGUUUCAAUCUCAGUUUGAAUGUAGAAAUAAAUGUCCUGUGUUUGAUAGUCUUAGAUUUGUAGGCAUAUCAUAGCUUCUUUUAAUGCUGUUAAUAUCAGAAUUUGUCAGAUAUCCAGUUUGAUUCUUAAUGUAAAAUUCCAUGUGUUAAAGUUGGCAAUUUCUAAGCUUGUAAGUACUUGUUUAAGUCAUUGCAUUAUGCAAUAUGUGUUUAGUUUAUUAUGAAUAAGUCCACUUGUAAGUUCUGUUUUUGAACCCUCUUUUAAAGGUUCUUGGGCUGGCUGAGCAUCCUAAGAUUUAGAGGCUUCUCCCUCUAUUUUUUAUAUGUGAAGAGAGAAGUACUUUUAACAGCACUUAAAGUCAUCAAUCUGCUCUUGAACAUUGGCUAAGAGGGGAAAUGAAUUCCCCAUUUACUAAACUAAUAAAAAACCCAAUACCUUUCCUUCCACUCUCCCUCCUUUACUUUAUCCAUUCUUGCCCCGCUCUUCCCUUUUACCUCACCAUCAUCAUCACGUCCACCUCAACCCCCCCUUUGUCUUCCAUUAUCCCAACCCCUUAUUUCCAAAUUCUUCCUCUCAUUGCUUACCCUAUUUCUACUAUCCUCCAUCAAGUCAUAUACUUUGCCUCUAUUUCCACCUGUAACCACCCCACUUACUUACACUCUUCACUGGCCAUAACCCUCCCGUGCCCUACAGUAAAAACAAGGAGCUUGAGCCCCACAUAUUUACCUGAAAUGGGGAUCUAAUGAAUUUGGAUUCUUCAAAUUCUUAGUUUAAAUAAAACAGAUUUUCAUGUGUUUAUCUUUGUAAAUGCUAUGUACUUUAACCUAUCUAAAUAUAUUUUUGAGAUGGAAGAUGGCCACACACUUUAUGACUAUGAUGUUGGCCUAAACGAUCUCAUCCAAAUCCUUGUUAGAAAAAACGUUUCUCAAUCCUCACCUGAUAAAGAUGAUGAUGAUGAUGGUACAAAAGAAAAGAAUAAUGAAGAUGAUGGUAGCAGCUCUGACAAAGAAAACAAAGAGGUUUGUUUUAUGUUGCUAUUUCUGUUUAAAAGAUAAAGGUCAAAGGUCAGCACCAAUCUUGAUCAGAAAUCAAGUUUAUAAUUAUGCGAUCAUGUUUUUUAUUAAAUUUACUUUUAUAAGGUUGAUACUAAAUCAUUUUCAAACAGUGUUAAAUUGUGAUGGUUUGCUCAUUUCCACCCACAAUUUUUGCCAUUAAUUAUGAUUCACCUACAUUACACAAGGCACAACUGGAUAAAGUUUUUUUGGGUCAUUAUUGCAUUUACCUUAGGGAGUGAGCAGUUAAGGAGCUUAAUGAUCUUAAUAUUGCAAUAUACUUUCUGGAACUUCUAGGGUAACUAAACUUGAUCAGAGAGCAGUAGCAGGACUAGACUUUGAUUAUUAAAUACUUGAGCAUACUUACAAUAAGUUAUGUUGGGAAAUUCUUCUACUUAAAAAGAAGGGUUCUCCAAUACCUACUUUUUUUUUCAUUUUGGCUAAAGAAUUUAAAAAGAAAAAAAAUUCUUUUAUUAUUACAUUUUUUUUUUUUAAUAGCCCCUUUUAGAAUCAGGAACACCUUCUACAAGUGCCCAAGAUGAAACCCAAGAGAGCAUUUACAAGGUUAAUAUUUAUUUAUGUUAUUUAAUUAGAUAAAGAUGUGGUUUAAGAAACUUGUAUACAUGGACAUCUGCAAAAACUGCUGCUUUAAAAAACACUUAUAGUUUAGAAAUCAUGCAGGGCACAAGGUAGUUUAGAAAUCAUGCAGGGCACAAGGAGAGGAGGGAGAAGAAGAGGAAGACAGAUAAAAAUAUGGGAAGAUAACAUCAAAGAGUGGACUGGACUAAAACUAGGCAAUGCUGUGCGAAGUGCAGAAAACAGAGAGGAAUGGAGGAUAGUUUUCAUGUUAUCUGUGGUGCCCCAACGGUCCAAGAACUAAGGGACGUGAUGAUGAUGAUGAGUUUAGAAACUUUGUUAAAAUGUAAACUAUUAAAACCAACCACAAUCUAGUCCAUUUCAUGUCCUUAUAAGAAUUAUGACUAUAAGGGACCAAUGAGCUUGGAACCCCUAGGUGACUCCUUGACACCCCUAGGUGACUGACAAUACUUCAAGGUGCCACAAAACUAUGAGCCAAAUUUAAUAAAAAAAAUUCAAUUUAAAGAAAAUCCAAAUAUCUCUAUUAAAUCCUAUCUAUUCAUAAGCUUAGCGACAUUGUUCAUUAACAAAUAUAUAUAUUUAAUUUAUAAAUGUGUAGUUUGUUGGUAACACAAUGUCCAAUGUUGGCACUGUACAUAAGAUGUUAAAAGACAAUUAAUUCAUUCAAAAAAGGGUGGAAAUCUUGCAAAGAUAAGAUUAACAAAAUCGUUACAACUUUCCAUCUUAAGUUCAGAGAGCAAUAUAACUGAAAUUCAUUGUCAGUGUCUUCAAGAGGCAUUGGCAUAGCUUCUCAUCUGCAAUUUCUGUCAGCUGGAACAGACUUAGCACAGCCUUCUAGGUGCUUAGGUUGAUGCUGGUUGCCUUUAUAUCUUUCUUAUACGCCUUCUUGAGACAAAGACAAGGUCUACAGUUGGUUGUGCAUCCCCUUCCAUCUCUCUGUCUUGUUAUCUUUUCCUAGACGAGAUAGAGCCAGGGAUUGCGCUACUCUCUACGAGGAGAGAACACUGCAAAUGUUGCCUCUUUCCAGGACCUCUGUAUUAGGUCCUUAGUUCUGCCACAAUUUGACACAGAUAAAGUUCUGUGAGUUGCACAUGCCUCACUACUGUAGAGGAGUAUAGUGAGCACACUUGCAGAAGUGCAUUUGGGUCCUCUUUUAUUCUAUAAAACAUUGUUCAACCUAUCAUUCACCUCUUCACCCAUAGAGAUAAAGGGAAGUUAAUUGGAUACAUUAUGUAUUAAAUUCUAACUACUGCCAGCUCAUGCUUGUUGCAGUUGAUUGUUGAAGACAUGUCUUCUUCUUGUGUGAUGAGAUUUGAGCUCCUCAUUGCCCUUUUUUGAAGAGAUUUCUUGUGUGAUCAGCUCUUCAGUCUGACUGUUCAAACACUUUGCACGUGUGAGAAAGGCAAUCUAUAUGCUGAUAUAGUUACAUUAUCCCUGUGUGAAUGAAAAAAUGGUAAAUAAAUCUUGGCACAGAGCUGAGGUGGGUGGUUGCUGAACAGCUUGUCAGCAGAUCUGGGGUGGAUGUACACUUGUUUAGGUGCAAAACGUUGUAAUUUUGUUGCCCGUUUCAUCAUUAUUUUCUGUUUAGUUAGUUAGUAUUAAUAAUUAAAGUUAAAGAUUAAAAUACUUUAUAGGUUGGUGACAUUGUUGACGCCAGAGAUGUGACAAUGGGUGCAUGGUUUGAGGCAAAAAUUUCCAAAGUUGAGAAAGGCAUAGAUGAGGAGAUUCAAAAAAGACUCAGUAGUAACUCUACCACAAAUGAAGGCUCCGAUAAAUCUUCCAAGUCAGAGAUGAAAGAUGAAAAUGACAACCCUCAAAAAAGUUUAGAAAGCAAGAAACCUCCCCCAGUAUUAGAUCAAGGAAUCCCUGAUGGAUUUACUUAUCAUAUAUGCUUUGAAAAGUAAGUUGCUUCAUUUUAAAAAUUUAAAUGAGAGGAGGGAUCUUGUCUAGUCUCUGCCUUCUUUAAUUUUUGUCUGUAUGAUUAAGUGCUGUCACUGUCAAUAAACCUUUUCAGUUAAAUUGUUUGGUCAGUGUAACAAUCUGUUCUUCUUUUAAGCACUUACCUUUUAUGGUUUCUGCAUUGGGCUGGCGACCCAUCAGGGUAAAAUAAAACACUGCUAUGAAAUCAUUUUCAAAUUCAUGCCUUGCCGUCAUCAGAUAAAGGAUGCCCUGAAAAAUGGAAUUAUGGGGGACUUUGUCAUACCUGAAAGGGAGACUAACAUCCUUUUAUCUGAAGAAAAUCACCCAGUUUGGCAUCUGGAAAUUAUGCACAAGAUAGGGAAAGAUUAUCAGGAGGCAAAAACCACCUGGCGAAGAAAUGUUGACAUAGAUGUAUUCAUUAUUGGAAAGAAAUUGUUAAUUGCCUAGUCUCCACAAGGAGUAAAAAAGGCAAUAAAUAAGAUUACAAUUGCUAAAUAACUUUUUAGUUAAUUCCCGGGUUAAAGAGUUGUCCUUAUUGUAAAGUUAACUAAAAUGCAAGGCAUAACAUGUUAAUAAUCUUGCUAAUGCUGUCAGGAUGCCCUUAACACGCUUACAGUUGCAUAUUAUUAUUAUUAGGUGGUUUUAUAUACUGCGCUUCACAUAAAAAUUAGCAUUAACAGAAAUGACUACAUUUAAAAACAGUUUGUGAAAAGCUUGACCUCACCCACCCAAGUACCCCUGUCUAGCCAUGGUCAGCACCCAGCAGAAUCAAGCAUUGUUCUUCUUCUUCUUCUAUAUCUUAAGGGCCCACGAUCAAUUUAUUUAUCAUUUUGGCUCCUAUGCAUGUAGAUGGGAUUUGCAAUGUUUCUGUUACUGGUGGUGAUGAGGAAAUUAUGCACUAGGGGUUUGAAGGCUUGAGGCAAUAGACACAAAUGUGUCUAGUGUUGUCGCCUCAACUGUUCCUUUUGAAAGAUGGUUCCAGUCCCUGAUUGUCUUGGGCAGGAAUGAGCAGCUCCUAUACUGGCUUCUUGCUGGUAUGAGCCUGAAUUGCCUGUCAUGGCCUCGUCGCUGUCUAUGGGGGAGAGGGACGAGUUUCUGUUUAAUACUGGAACAGUGGACCAGCCCAUUAUUUAUCUUGUACAUCAUGGAGAGCCUGGAUUGUCGUCGUCGUUUCUCCAAUGGUGACCAGCCUAGUGUUUCUAGCAUGCUGCCAACACUAGAGGUAUUCCUGUAGCGGUUUAGGACAAAGCGUGCUGCUCGUCGCUGGACCGCCUCCAACCUGUCAAUGCUCUUCUGGGUAAAUGGGUCCCAGACUGAAGAUGCAUAAUCUAAAAUCGGACGGAUAAAGGCUUUAUAUGCUCUUUCUUUCACACAGGAGUUGCCAAUCUUUAGAUUUCGCCUUAAGAACCCCAAGGCUUGGUUUGCUUGGUUACAUACAUUGUUAAUAUGCUCGUCCCAUAUUAUUUAUUUUUUAUUAUUUGUUUAUAUAUGGAGUAAUGGCUCACAAUAAAUUCAGGGUUUAGACACUAUAUUUAUAUUUAUUGAAUUUGUACAAAAAACUCACUUGUUAACAUCUAAGCAGGCAAAUAUUAACAUCCAAGCAGGCAAAUAUUAACAUCUAAGCAGGCAAAUAUUAACAUUUAAGCAGUCAAAUAUUAACAUCUAAGCAGGCAAAGCAUAGUUAAAUAUUUAUAAGACAAUUUUGUAACAGAUUUUAACUUAAAAGUGAUUUAUAAUAACAGUUUCUUGCUUCUCAUUAAAAGAUAUCCUGAGGAUGUUUUAAAAGUUUUGAGUACAGAGAUAAGGCCCAGAGCUCGGACUCUUCUGCGCUUUGAAGAUGUCAAUAUAGGUCAACAUAUUAUGGCUAAUUACAACUAUGAUGAACCUGGAACAAGAGGAUUUUGGUAUGACUGUUUUGUAACAGGGAAGAAAGAUACAAGAACUGUGAAGGAGCUCAAUGCUACUGUUUAUGUGGGGUAAGUUACUCUAAGACAAUGGAGCAAAAGCACAUGGUUCUUUGAAAAGUAUUGAUCUAAAACUUGAAUCAUUAUCUGCAGGUUGGGUCUAAAUCACAUAUUCUUUAAUUUUUGGAAAUUUGUUUGCUAUAAUUAAAUUUCUAUGCAAAGCUUUAUGAUUUUUAAUGUGAAAGUACGAGUUCUCUGUCGGCCAUAGUUUUACUGGUUGUUCCAUCCUUGUUAUACAAUCUUGUGAAAUAUAAUUUCAGAACAGAACUAACACCACUGCACCACUGUCGACUGCUAUUUAUCAAAGAACUAUUUGGAAUAGAAGUUCCUGGAACUCAACUCACUGAGGAAGAUAUUACAGUGGAUCCAACUGCAAGUGUAGAAAAACGCAAGUUGCUUCAGCAUUCAGUUUCUAUAUCUCCAUCAUAUAAUAUAUUUAAUCCUGCAUUGUUAAAAAAAAAAUAUUUUUUAUAAAUCUACGUGUCUGCAUAUGAAUUGCAUGUAUGUAUGAAUUUCUAACAUGUUGUUUCAUACUGUUUUCAGGUGAAAACAAACCUGAGUGUGACAAAUGCAAUGAUAAUCCUUCCAAGAAAUGCAAGCACUGUGGCUGUCUUAAAUGUGGUGACAAGAAGGACCCUGAGAAAACCAUUCUUUGUGAUGAGUGCAAUCAAGCCUAUCAUUUGUAUUGUUUAGACCCACCUCUUGAAAAAGUACCAGAGGAAGAUGAAUGGUUUGUAUAUUUCUUUUUAAUUAAUAAAAAAUUUAAUAUUUAAAAAUAUAUCCUAUUGGUAGUAAGGUAAUAAAUAAUUAAAUGCUAUACCAAAUGAAAACUGUUAUUAUUCUAAUUUUUACCUCCUUUUGUAUUGGAGGAUAGUAUUCAUAUUUUUAACUGCCAGUUUUGGAAACAUUAUAAAUAUUUUUGUUUAUGUGAAGGUAUUGCCCUGGGUGUACAAAUACAUAUUUUGUUUACUCUUAAGGUAUUGCCCAGAGUGUAAAAAUGAUGAAACGGCCAUUGUCAGGAUGGGAGAAAAAUUAAAAGUGAACAAGAAGAAAGCCAAGAUGGCAUCAGCCAACAGCACAAGUGCUAGAGAUUGGGGCAAGGUAGGAAGAGCAUACAAUAUAAGGCCUCUGAAUGAAAUUAAAACGGCAUUAAGAAAUUCCAGUAAUUAUUAAUAACAUUAUAAUCCAAUAAACAAAUUAAUAGUGUAAUCAUCUUUAUUUUAAGUGCUCUGUCCCAUUUUGUUUCAGGGAAUGGCGUGUGUUGGUAGAAGUAAGAUGUGCACCAUUGUUUCAUCUAAUCAUUAUGGUCCUAUUCCAGGUGUUGAGGUUGGGACAUUAUGGAAAUUUAGAGUACAGGUAACUGUAAAUGCGAUUGGAGUUUCAAAAUUAUUUCUAAAUCUCCAUUAAUUUUAGAAUUUUAUUAAAAUCUCCAUUUAUUCAGCUCAUUCCAAUAUUUAAAAGAAACCAGUUUAUAUUUUUUAUUUGAUUCAGCUUAUUUGAUGUUUAAACCAUUGGUUAAUCGUCUAAUAUGCUUUCUCCAGUAAAGAAAGCCAUAAAGCACUUAAUUUUUCAGGUUCAUAUAUCGGCAUCCUUCCGUCUCGUGAGACGAUGGUGCAUCACCGUUGGUUUGGGUUGCAUUUUCUCGAGUGGUUGUGCAGUCCUAUCCUUGAGUGACAGUCUUUACCACAGUUUUUACACACGAGUUCCGUGCUUCCAAAUGUUUUGGCCUUUCUCCUAACUCUUCUGUCUGCAGCCUCUUCCAUUCUUCGCUCCUCGGCUACCAUGACGCCCUCUUUGACAACUGUGCGCCACGAAGAUCGGUCUUCCCAGUCACUUGUAUGUAUUUUGGCUGCUUUCAUGUCCCUUUGACAGACAUCUUUAAAUCCCAGACGUGGGCGACCUGUUUUCCUCUUUCCAGAAGCAAGUUCACCAUAUAGGAGGUCUUUCGGAAUGCGGCCGGGACUCAUUCUUUUAACAUGACCUAGCCAUCUCAGGCGUCUUUCACUAAGGAUUGUGAACAUGCUUUGGGUAUUCGCACGCAUUAGGACCUCACUAUUAGUCACUUUUUCUUGCCAUUUAAUACCAAGGAUGCAACGCAGGCAUCUCAUAUGGAAGCUAUUAAGCUUGCGCUCUUGGGAUGUAUAGGUGGUCCAUGUCUCGCUCCCGUAUAGUAGUGUACUGAUGACACAAGCUUGAUAGACGCACAGUUUGGUUUUCUCCAUUAGCUUGGUGUUUUGCCAGACCCGUUUAUUUAGUUUAGCCAUUGUGGCAGCUGGGUGGCCGAGCGGUCUAAACUGUCUCAAACGAAACAGUUGGUGGUCUGGAGUUCAAUCCCCACCAAAGCCAUUCCCAAGCAACCCGGGUGGAUGGGACUCGUUAGCCUUGGACGGCAACCUGUCUAAGAGAAGGCAAACUCUGAGUUUAAACCAGGAGCCAGAAUGAUCAACAAAUUGAUCGUGGGCACCUCAAAUAUAAGAAGAAGAAGAAGAUUUUGCUGUUAAUUUCUUCUUCAAUGGACAGUGUAUUGGAGACCUUGGACCCCAAGUAGGUGAAGCUGUCCACAACCUUGAAGUUUUCAUUAUCGAUUUUUAUGUUAGGUGGAGGUCGAGUGUCUUGGGCCAUGUUUGUCUUUUUCAAGCUGAUUUGCAGACCAAAUUCUUUGCAGGCAUUGGAGAAGCUUGACACGAGUUGUUGCAAACCAAUUUCUGUGUGUGCUGUUAGUGCCGCAUCAUCCACAAAUAGUAGCUCGCGAAUUAGGGCAUCUGUCGUUUUGGUCUUGGCUCGGAGGCGGGCAGUGUUGAAAAGUCCUCCAUCAGCUCUGGUGUGUAACCAGAUUCCCUCACUGCUAUCCUUGAAUGCGUAUCGAAGUAGAACAGAGAAGAAUAUUGCGAACAGUGUUGGUGCGAGUACACAACCUUGUUUAACUCCGCUGAUUACUGGAAAGGCUUCUGACUUGGCUCCAUCGAACUGCACUGUACCCUGCAUAUUUUCAUGGAACUCUCUGAUGAUGGCAAGUAGGUGAGGGGGACAGCCGAUUUUUGCCAGUAUUUUGAAUAGCCCGUUGCGACUGACGUAAUCAAAGGCUUUUGUAAGGUCCACAAAGGCAAUGUACAGUGGCAUCUGCUGCUCUCUGCAUUUUUCAGCCCGUUGCGACUGACGUAAUCAAAGGCUUUUGUAAGGUCCACAAAGGCAAUGUACAGUGGCAUCUGCUGCUCUCUGCAUUUUUCCUGGAGCUGUCGUAUGGAGAACACCAUGUCUAUGGUAGACCGCCCAGACCGGAAACCGCACUUUCAGGUUAGAAUGGAAUUAACCCUUUUGGAUUUAUACAAUGUCUAAAAUAACCCAACCAGGUCAGUGAAGCAGGAGUACACAGACCACAUGUUGCAGGAAUUCAUGGAAGAGAAGAAGAUGGGGCUUACUCAAUUGUGUUGUCUGGUGGAUAUGAAGAUGAUGCUGUAAGUAAUUCUAUAUGUACCUAUUUUAACAAAAAUGUAUCAUUUUCUCUAUUUAUAUUUUUUUGAACCCGAAGUGUUAUAACAAAACUAAUUGAAUUAAUCGAAUGCACAUUUUUAAAAGUAGUAUAUGUACAAAUUUGCUUCUUUAAUUAUAGGUGAAUAUUAUUUUGCAAACCUAUUUAUUUAGGAUGAUGGGGAUGAGUUUUACUACACAGGAAGUGGCGGUCGAGAUCUAUCUGGGAACAAACGGACUGCUGAGCAGUCGUGUGAUCAAACUCUGACACGCAUGAACAAGUAAUAUUUAUUUUUUCAAGUGACCAGUUGUUUAAUUUAUCUUAUUGUAGUUUAUUUCUUAUAGAUUGAAUUCAUUAAAGUUAAAUCUAUAUUUUAAGCCAAUGUUCAACAAUAUUACAUGCUUUGAAUGUUUUUAUUUCUUGUGUGUAGAGCUCUUGCCAAGAACUGUAAUGCACCGAUAGACAACAAGAAGGGAGCUGAAGCCAAGGACUGGAAAGGUGGGAAGCCUGUUAGGGUUGUACGUAACUGUAAAGGAAGAAAACAUUCCAAGUAUGCACCAGAAGAAGGGAACCGCUAUGAUGGAAUUUAUAAGGUAAUAGUUUUAAAAAAUACACUCAGGGAUAGUACACAGUUUUCAUAUUUUAGAUUAAAUUUAAUAGAUUGAGAUCGAUAUUUAUAUUCUAACCCCACAACUCUAAAAAUUCAGAUUGUUAAAUAUUGGCCAGAGAAGGGUAAAUCUGGCUUUCUUGUAUGGCGGUAUCUUCUGCGUCGAGAUGACCCAACAGCUGCACCCUGGACCAAGGCUGGCAAGAAACGAAUUGAAGAGCUGGGCCUGGAAAUGCAGGUGGGUAUUAUUAAUAAUACUGCAAUUUUGUACCAUAGUGUUCUCACUUUUAUUUGUUUUGUUUCUAUCACAAUACCACUCAUUUAUGAAAUAGGAACUAAAUCAGAUUUUUAAAACUUUUCUUAUCUUGAUACUCUAUCUAUAGUAUCCUGAAGGCUAUCUGGAAGGCUUAAAAGAGAAAGAAAAAGAGAAAGAAUCUGAUCAAACUCCAAAAAAGAAUGGGAAAAAGAGAAAAUUAGAAGGUAAAAAUUUCCCCAUAUUUAAAUAACAUUAAAAGUAAAAUAAGAUUGAAGCGGCAACAUAAGCAUGAGGUUAAAGUCGGCAGUUUCAAUUUUAUUCUGGAAACAUUUGUAAUUUCAAAUUGACUACCGGGAGUGGCACCAAUAAACUAGUCCACUCAGAAAAAACCAGGUUAUUCUAUUGUCACAAAUUUGUGUAAUUAUUUGAUCUUAAUUUUGCGGUGAAAGAAAAAUAAAGUUAGGCUUUAGUGGGCACUUUAGUACUGAGCCCAGCCAAGCUGGGUCGAUGCUUUGCAUGCCAAGCUGGGUCGGUGCUUUGGUAAAACCAAAACAAUUUUCUUUUAUUGAAAAACCCUCUUUAAAGCUAAACUAGAUCUAUUUCAAGAAAUCUAGUUUCAGGACUGUGUACAAAAUAACAAAAAUGAGUAUUUUGUGUAAGAAUAAAUGUUUUUCCUAAUUUUGUCCUCCACCAUUAAAUGACCAUGUGCCCUUUUGUGGCUUUGAUUAGCAUAUUCUAAAAUAUUCACUGCUUGAAGUUUAUUUGAUAUAUGCUGGGUUAUCAUCAAAGAAGAAAUUUAAAUUGGCAUGGCCUACCACAGGAUUGACUUGGUGAAAAUUUCUGCACUGGAACAUGUGUAGCAAAAAAGAUUUAGUGAAGCAGCUUUGAGAAUUUUUAAACCUUCAAUUUUCCUUUCAGUUGAAAAUGAAGAAGAAAGUGAAGCAUCCCCAAGACAAGACGGCAAGAAAAUUAAAAUGGUCCGCUAUUCUCUUGAUGCCAGUGUAAAAAAGCUGAUUGCUGAGGACAAAGUUAACAAGAAGUUGUGGGAUGAAGCACUGUCAGCUGUCAAAGAGGGAUCUAAGGUAAUUUUAACUACGGUACCACUUUUACUCAUAAUUUCUUUAUAAAUUCCUUUAAGGAAAGAUUUUAUAAGUCCAACUCUUUGUAAUGUCCAAAUGCAACUACUUUUACUCAUAAUUUCUUUAUAAAUUCCUUUAAGGAAAGAUUUUAUAAGUCCAACUCUUUGUAAUGUCCAAAUGCAACUACUAACAUUUCAAUGCCUUAAAGACUGCAACCAUUAUCUCAGUUGGUGUUAACCAGUAGCUUUACAAAAUGAAAAGUCCUUGUUAAAAAAAAUAUUUUAAAAAAAUGAGGCCUUGGAAUACUACUGCUAAAUAUUUGAUAAUUCUAUUGACUGUUCAAUGAAAAGCUCUUAUUUUAUUGAAGAGUUUCUUAAGACGAGAUCUAGAAAUACCAAGGCUGAAGCCAUCUUUUUGAAAAUGGGUCCCUAUCCUUCUCUGUUUUUUCUAUAAUAAUAAAGAUCAAUACUUGGAGGUCGAGAUUCCAUCUAUUAGGACCUUUGGCUGUGGAACAUAGCCUAGUAGUCCCUGGGGACUCCGGCCAUGCAACUCGGCCUUGAGUAACGGGGUUUUGGGCAGGUUGCUUCCACUCAUGAGGGGGCAGUUUUGCGUCACAGCCCCCCUUGCCCAUUGAGUCUUACGGUCUGGACGUAGGGUUGGAACAGCUUUGCUUCCUCUCCGGAGAUGACGUUGCGUUGCCACCCCCACCGCCCAGGGAGCCAUACGUUCCUUGGUGCGGCAUGGCUUUGCUUCCACUCCGGGAGUAGUCACAAGCUUAACUUUCUCCCACCGUUCCUGGGAGUUGUGUGGACAUGGGUCAAAACGGCUUUACUUCCUCUCCGGGGGAGGCGUUGUGUUACCUCAACCCACCGUUCGGGGAGUGGUUCGGUCUGGACUGUGUCGGGACGAAACGGUCGCCUAGGAGCGGCUUUCUCAAGGCCGCAUGUUUUUAAUCCCCGGCAAGGGUUUUUAAAGAAACUCAUGCCUCAUAUCCAUUAUCGGCAACACGUAAUCAUGUUAGCGUGCAAACUUCCGUCGCGUUGGAAGUCAUGCGUUUGGCUGGGAUUUUUUAGCUUCAGUAGGGAAACUCCCCCCUACUGGUCGGGCAUGCCGCGAAGAGGCAAAAUCCUGUGUAACACCACUCGAGCAAGUGAUGCUGGACAUCGACCUUACAGAGUUCGGCCUUUGCCCGCCGAAUAGUUUUCCAAUACCUUGUUUUGAUAUCAUGUAGUUACAUUCUUUUUAGUUGAGCCAGGGCUCAUUUUUUACAAUUUAAAAAGCUCCAGGUUAUGUUUUUGUGAGGAAAAUAUACAAAUUUACAUUAUCAAUUCAUUUUGAGAUUCCAACUUUUGCCAAAUGUAAAGAAUUUAAUCAUUUUAAUAUUAAUAUGACACAUUCAUAUCGGCAGGUUUUGAAUUUCUUAUUGUAAAAAAAUGGAAACAUUGGAUAAUUUUGUAAUAUUUUUGUAUAUUAUAUUAUAUAUGAAGAUAAAUAUUUCUCAUGUUUUUCCCUUUUUGAUGGACAAGCAUAGGGCUCAUUUUUUUUAUAGCUGCUUUAAGGUAUAUAUAUAUAUAGUUGUAAGGGUUAACUCAGUUCCAUUGCAAUUCUUUAUUAAUGAGAAAUAUAUUCUUAUAUGCUGCAGGCAUUCCAUGAUAAAGUGGAAGAGGUUUUUCUUUGUAUUUGCUGUCAGUGCAUUGUAUGCAAACCCAUUACACUGGACUGUUCUCACAAUAUUUGCAAGGUAGGUAUCAUUGAAGCCAUCAUUUCUACUCAGACCUUUCAAAUAACAGCAAAUUAUCUGCUUUAUGUCAGUCUUAAAAAUCAGUUUUAAGCAUAAAUUUAAAUUUUAAAAAUACAGAAACUUCAUAUAAGUCUUUGGGUUUGUUUAAUGUUCUCAUUUUGCAUGUCAUCUUUGCUAACAUUACCUUUAUAUCUUUGCUAACAUUACCUUUAUGUCUUUGCUAACAUUACCUUUAUAUCUUACAGUCAUGUCUGCAACGAUCAUUCAAAGCGGAGGUGUAUUCCUGUCCUGCUUGCCGAGCAGAUCUCGACAAAAAUCAUGGGAUGUCACCCAACAAAACCUUGUCCCAGAUUUUAAAUAGCCUCUUUCCAGGAUAUGAAAGUGGGAGAUAGGAAUACCCACUGUCUACUUUAAUUGGAGGAAUUAAGUAAUGUAUUUUAUUCAAUUUUUAAAACAUUGCAAUGAAGCGAAUGGAAAAUUGUUUUUCAAAACCUUACAUUUAAGAAAUCAGAUUUCAUCAAAGCAGAAAAUUGUCUCUUAUAUUAAUGGGAUUAAUUAAUUAAGUCUGAAAAGAAAGACUAUGAGUACUUGGUAUUUGCUUACAUUUUAAACCUUUUUUUUUAGAAUUAUGAAUGAACUUUUCAUGAAGAAUUAGAUUGAUGUGGAUUCUCCACACAACUAAUAGAGCUAUGUAAAGUCUGUUGUUUUAAUGGAAUUUUUAAAAUCCCUUUUAACAGUAUAGAGGAUUAAUUUUUUAUAUUACAUAACAAUCAAAUGAUGCUUUAUCAAAUGAACUCAGAUAAACUAGCCGAACCGUGUGAUUUAUUUCACUAUUUGUAAAUCAGGAUAUUCAAAUAUGUACAUGUAUUUUUUUAUACUAAAAACAUGAAUUCAUAAAAGAGUCCUUAAUUUAAAAAAAAGAAAAUCAGGGUUUCUUAAAAUGCUUAAGUCUGUGUGUGCAGCCUUCUUUAAAAGUUGUGGAUUUCUGUCUUGACUUUGGCAACAAAUUAUUUUUUAUUCUGUCUUACAGACAGCCAAAAUUUUAUGCAAUAAUCCCAUUAGUUUGAUUCCCCUUAUAAACUGGGAGGCUCUUGAAUUGGACCCUUUUUGUCAAUGGUUCGAGAGCCUCUGAUUUGAAUUAACUGCCAAAACCUAACUCUUAAUGGACAAAUGAUAAGAUGAAGAACACAGGGGGUGUGAUCAAUAAAAACAUUUUAUUUGCCAGAGUUGAAGUACCUGUUACAUCAGAUGUUUUAAAUGUGAUGUAAAACUUCUAUUCCCUUGUACCUCAGAUGUUUAAGACUGACCUCAUGUAUUCAGCUUUAUGUAAUUUUUUGUAAAUAGUUUGAAUUGAUUUGUUUAUACAUUACCACAGGCAGCA